UAGACCACAAGGACUGCGCUUUCCCGAAAGGCCGCAGCCGGAUCGGAAAGAAGGUGGCUGCAGUCUCUCGUGGUCUCGGACGGUUUCUGAGUGUUCGUGUCCCUCACCUGCCACCUUCCGUCCUUCGGCUCCCACGAUGCCGAUGUACCAGGUAAAGCCCUAUCACGGGGGCAGCGCGUCUCUCCGUGUAGAGCUUCCCACCUGCAUGUACCGGCUCCCCAACGUGCACGGCAGGACAGGCGGCCCCGCGCCGGACGCAGGCCACGUGCAGGAAGAGUCUGACCCAUCUCUUCAAGCUCUUGAGUCCCGCCAAGAUGAUAUUUUAAAACGUCUGUAUGAACUGAAGGCUGCAGUUGAUGGCCUUUCCAAGAUGAUUCAGACACCAGAUGCAGACGUGGAUGUAACCAACAUAAUCCAAGCUGAUGAGCCCACUGCUUUCUCGACCAGUGCAUUGGACUUAAAUUCAGUGCUCGGAACGGAUUAUGGGGCACUGAAAGACAUCGUGAUCAACGCGAACCCCGCCUCCCCUCCCCUGGCCCUGCUCGUGCUGCACAGGCUGCUGUGUGAUCACUACAGGGUCCUGUCCACCAUUCACACGCACUCCGCAGUCCAGAGUGUGCCGGAAAACCUCCUCAGGUGCUUUGGCGAGCAGUCUAAAAAACAGCCCCGUCAUGAAUAUCAGCUGGGUUUUACUCUGAUUUGGAAGAAUGUGCCAAAGACUCAGAUGAAGUUCAGCAUCCAAACAAUGUGUCCCAUCGAAGGAGAAGGGAACAUUGCACGGUUCCUGUUCUCUCUGUUUGGCCAGAAGCAGGAUGCUGUAACUCUAACCCUCAUAGAUAGCUGGGUGGAUAUAGCGAUCUUUCAGCUACAAGAGGGAAGCAGUAAAGAGAAAGCCGCCGUGUUCCGCUCCAUGAACUCCGCUCUCGGGAAGAGCCCCUGGCUUGUUGGGAAUGAACUCACCGUGGCUGAUGUGGUCCUGUGGUCGGUGCUGCAGCAGGCAGGAGGCUGUGGUGGGACCGUGCCGGCCAACGUGCAGAAGUGGAUGAGGGCGUGUGAGAACCUGGCCCCCUUCAACACGGCCCUCAAGCUCCUCAAGUGAAUUUCAGUAACUGCAAGAGGUUGACUUCGAGAACGGUGCUGUUUCAUGCCUGUUGUGGGUGAAGGAACUUGUACUAAAAUCAGUCUAUUUCAGCCAGUUGCCUAGAAUCAAUAAAGGCAUCAUAUAA